UGAAAAACCAAAGGAAACCCAUGCUGCAAAUGUCAUUCAUAAAUGGAGAUUUAUUCUCCGCAUCUUUCAAAUGCUCAACGUCAUUGGUUCAUUUGGGUUCCAAGCAAGCGCAAGCACUUGGUCUGGGAAAAAUGUACCCUUUAAGAGCGUGUCAUUAUUUUAUUUCUUUUAUGCUAUUGAAUGGUUAUCGUUUAUAUGGAGUGCCUUUUGUAUUUAUGUCAGUUUAUCCAUGAAGAUGAACAAAACUGCUACAGGAAAUAUCAAACCGGCCAUUGUUUUUGCUGUGGAUACGCUGUUAGCUGCUUUAUUAGGCAUUGGAAUCAGCACAGAAAUAGGAACCUACACCUGUCCGGCUGGUGGGUUCAAUGGAUGGUGUAAUUUUUAUAAUGCCGGUCUUUGCUUUGGCAUGAUGCUGUUUUUAAGUUUUGGAAUAAGCGCAUUAUGGGAUUUAUUUAAUGGGCUUUCAUGUUUACGCACAAAAUCAUCUUCAAAUAACAAUCUUGUAUGAAUUGGACUACCUUAUGGCGCAAUCCCAGGAACCGCCCAAUAAAACUAUGCCGUUAGACACUAUUUUUCAUCUCCGCAUUUUAAUAAAAAUCCCC